CUUCCGGGGUUUGGCUAUUGAGUUCGGUUGGUUUUAGCGAAAAUUGAGUGAUUGCAAACAUGAUUGAAGUGAACUAGACAGCCGCUGCAGAUGUUGGAAGAAGACAUUAAUGUUAAACAAUGUGGAAGAAGGACACGCUGCGGAAAAACUUUCUGCGAGUAAAACAGUUUGCGGACCAGAAUCUUGGAAGAGCAGAGAAGUCUGAGGUAUUAUCAGAGGACCUUCAGUCUGUUGAGAAGCGGGUAGAUCAAGUUAAACAUGCUGCUCAGGCUACAUCCAAGAAGAUUGCCAUGGGCCUACAGGGCACCGGCACCGACAUGGACAAACGAUUGAAGAAACUGCCAGAAGCUAGCUUGUCUGUAACAAUGCUGGAAUGUGCCCAGAUACUGGGUGCAGAAACUCUGAUGGGGGGCCUGUUCCAGGUGUGUGGGGACUGUGAGAUCACAUUAGCGAGGGAACUGUUGCAAUUUGAGACGGAGGUGGAGCAGCAUGUACUCAACCCCUUACAGGCUAUAGUAGAUGUUGAUAUACCCUACAUAAAUAAGCUGAAAAAACAACUGUCUAAGCUCACCUUGGAUAUGGAUUCCGCUAAAAAUAGGUGGAUGACAGCGGUGCGUCAGUCUCAAGUCCAUGGAACAAAUAUGGCGUCUGCAGCGGCCAAAGCUGAUCAGAUUAAGGAGGAAAUGGAGGAGGCAUCCAGCAGGGUAGAACAGGCCAAGGAUGCCUUGUCGACAGAAAUGUUUAAUUUCGUUGCCAAAGAACCAGAACAUAGCCAGAAGUUAUUAGAAUUUUUAGAAGCGCAAGUGCGCUAUCAUCGUAAUGCAAUGGAAACCAUUGAAAAAAUUUUACCAUCCAUGAGAGCACAGCUAGAACAAAAUCCCAAUAAGCCUGUGUAUGGAGUUCCGUUGUCAGAUCACCUGGAGGUCACAGAGAGAGAUAUUGCUCUACCCAUAGAGGCCUGUGUCUGUACACUCUUAGAACUGGGCAUGGAAGAGGAGGGUUUAUUCAGGAUAGGAGGCAUGGCGUCCAAGGUAAAAAAAUUAAAGUCUGCCCUGGAUGCUAACAUAGUGGAUAUGGAGGAGUUUCAGAAUGACGUCCAUGCUGUGGCAGGUGCCCUCAAGUUGUAUCUGCGUGAGCUUCCAGAACCACUGCUGACGUAUCAUUUGUAUGAUAACUUUAUGCAGUGUAUGAAUCUGCCACAAGACGAGAAGCUGCAAGCUCUCUGGGUAGUCCUUCGUGAUCUUCCUCCUGACAAUUAUAACAACUUUAGAUACCUGGUUAAGUUUUUAGCUCUGCUGGCAGAGAAAUCUGAUGUGAACAAGAUGACCCCAAGUAAUAUAGCUAUUGUGAUAGGUCCAAAUCUCCUCUGGUCCCAGGGAGAGUUGGGCCCAAAUAUGCUCACCACUGGAAUGACAAGUGCCAUAGUAGAAUUGAUUGUCUCAAAUGCUGACUAUUUCUUCCCAGAAGCGUCAAUAGACUAUCGUAAAACAAGGCGAGGAAGUGCACUACCACCAUCAGGGGAAGUAACUAAGCCCCUUAUGAAAAAGUCACAAAGUUGGCAACCCAUUUCCCAAGCAAAACACCAGGGCACAUAUCCGCAGCCACAGAUAAGUCAUAGGGUACAUCCUCCAGAAGUUGGGCAUGCAGUAUCUGACUCGGAUAUCACCAAGACUCAUCACCUUAGUAACCAUCGCCAUCCCAACCAUCAUCCAUUUGCUCAAACGCCAGAAGAAAAUGACUCUGAUGUGGGCCAUGACUCAGGGACUGCUGGCCGGUGUGACAGCGGCGGUGACCAGUCGCACUUAUCUAACAUGAGUAACUCCACUAGCAUGACUAACCCAACUCCAUUAGUAUUUGAUGCUGGGGACUUUGUGAAGAGCUCUCGGUCCAGGUCUAUCCCAUCCAUCCCUCCAUCCAAGGCUUUCCACUCGGACGUCUACAGCACUGCCUUCGCCCUCCAUUCGCUGGGCAAUGGGAACAGCCCAUCGGAUUACCUGACUAAAGUGCGCGCUAUGUGGGACGGUCAGUACCAGCCCCCGCCCCCUGACGGCGGGUCUGGUCAGGGCCCAGGGGCAGGAGACCAAGGUGGUGGAGGUAGGGGGUCAAGCUCAGCCCAGCUUCAAGAAAUUGAGUUUGCAAGUCAGGUUCCAGUGAACUCGCCAUUGCCUCCAGCUUCCUCUCCCAACAUUGAAGCAGAAGCCAGUGUCAACAACCAUCCCCAAAAACCCCCAUCUCCAGCUGUCAGUGCAAUGGUGACAUCAGCACAACAUCUUGUGACAUCACAGGCGCCUAUAGCAACUGUUCCACAAACUCCGCCCGUCAGCGGCAACACAACUCCGCCCUUAUCUACCAGUCAUCUUGCACCAGCGGCUGUGACGGAUGGCAGUGCCAGCCCUAAAGCUCCGAGGAGAGCCAAUAAGAAGCCUGCCCCCCGCCCUCCACUUGACCGCCCUCACAGCAUGGUCAAUCCUCCAUUAGACAAGGCCAACACAUUCCCACGGCAUGCUUCAUCAGUAACAGUGGAAGAUGGACAAGACUCUGUGGAAAAGUGCAAAACCCUGCCCCCUGCCCGGCCUCAGGGCCCACCCCCAGAGAGGCCCCACCCACCAGGGGAAAAGCCUAUGCUCCCAGAAAGGCCAAAGGCUCCCUCCCAGGAGAAAUUAGCGGUGGUUCAAGGCCACCAGAGGUCUCUGUCAAGUGGGGCGAUGCCGAACAACGGGCGUAGAGGUUCAGAGGACGGCUCUCCGCCAGGUCAGGAUUUGGAGCCUCAAGGCAGCUCUGUACUAACACAUAUAUCCCAGGAGAAGCUUCCUAGUGCUAACCUUGUUCGCAGUGCCACGCGGCUUGCAAGACCCCAACCCCCUCCCCCUCCACCCCCUCUUAAUAAGGUCUCUGAGGAGACAUAUCUGUAAGCUGCUCAACUGUAUAUACUGCGCAUAUUUAUUGGCAACUGGACGUUUAUAUUGUAGAUUGUAUGUAUAAUGCGGGCAUAUGAAUUUACUACUAUCGUGGCUACAGUGCUAUUGAAGUGGUGGUGGACGAGGGAGCACUGAGCCAAAUCAGGUUGUUUUUUGUCUUCUCUGUAUUAGUGAACUUUUUAUAUAGGGAGGUACUGGUUAAACUGCACUCGGUUUUGCUCAAAGCAUUUCUGUGUACCAACUUAACAGUCCAUAGUUUGUUCACAGAAUAAUGUCCAAGUCUUUGUUCAUAUAAAUGUUUUCUUCUGUCUACCAUAAGAAAAUUCUGACAGCUUUUCUGAAGGAGAGACAAACUGGUUUUCUCUCAAGGAAAAGACUGGGGAAGUUUUCCUUGUGUACACCUGAAUCCAGAGGUGACCAAGUUUUAUAAGAGUGCUUCUUACAGUCUCCACUUCAGGCUCAGCAUGGGUCGAUUGUUAAUUGUUUGAUGAAUUCAACAGACUGUUAACUCUAGGUUCAGUUCCCUACCUCCUGAAGUUACUAGGAUGUUAAUGUAGUGUGAAACAUAGCUGUAGUCCCACCAUAGCUUUGAAAUUUUUAAAGGCCCGCUACACUCUGGCUUUUUUGCUCCAUCUGCUGAUACACUGCUACUUGUCAGGGUCUGAACUCAGUCACAGGUUUUGUAAUUGAUGGGAUGUGACCAGCAAAGUAGCUACAUCACAUACAACCAGGCCUAGAAAUAAGGCAGCCAGAUUUCAUAUUUGUCAGAGGUUUUGUGAGUGUGUCUGUAUGCUGACUGUUGCACAUGUCAUGGCUUAAAAGAAUUCAAGCACAAAACACAGCACUAGAAUUCAUGGAAGUUAUCCAGCUCUUGAUGCAGUCCAGCUUUUGAUGUACUGUUUUUUACACGAAGUGACAGUGUCCCAUCACAAAGGGACAUGACUGAUAUAACAAUUUUGGGUUGAAUAUUUCACUGCACGCCUUAAUUGUUAAGAUAAACCCUUGGCCAGAGGACAUGAAGAUGUGCAUUACUGGUUUAAAGUUUGAGAUAAAUUUAAACUUUAUGAAUUGUUGAAUGCAAUGUCAGCAAUGGCACAGUCAUGUGGUAAUCUGGCUGCCUUUUUUCCAGCCCUUUUUCUGAAAUGUGGUUGUAUGGAGGGCUAGUCAGCUGGGGGAGAGAAUGCAUUACAAGGUUGUAGUUCAGAGUCCAGACUCAAAGCUUAUACAUCAGCUGUGCAAUUAUGUACAAAGUUUUAACCAUAUGGAAAAUGGUUUAUAUAUACAUAGAUAUGAACAAAUUGUACAUACAUCUGUCCAUAUAUGUGCUGCGCUGCGGAGUCCUGCCAAUGCCAGCGAAGUCGCAUUUAAUGUUUUCAAGUUGAUAAUGGCGCCUACUCUGUCUGAGCUUCAUUCAGUGAACACAGUGUUAUUGUAUAAUCAGUAUUUGUUCAUUGUUUGAGGUUCCGUCGUUGAAAUUUACAUGCCCUAAUUGGAUUUGUAUUUAGGUUGUCCAGUACUAAACGUGCCUAUUUAGUCAGUUUGCAUGUAGUUAGUAAGCUUAGAUGGAUCAGUCACUUUGAGGUUAACUGAUAGCUUUGUCCGGCAUCAAAGAUAUUUUCAGGACUUCAGCUGCAUAAGUCAAAACUUUUUUUUUCUUUAAUUAUGGUAAAUUGGCCUAAAAUUUUGCCCAUGACUAAGUUGCACAUUUUGUCACAUUCUGAGAGCUCUCUUCAUCUUGGAAAGGUGUUCUGAGGUUUUUUGAAUGGUAGGACGAAAUCCUACUAGAAAAAUGUGUCAUCUCCAAGAGUAGUACUGAAUGCUGUGCAUUUUUUUUUUAAGUCAUUUACUGUAUUAAAUGUAGAAACAGAACUAUCACAGGAUGCGUAUGUCCUUGUCAAAGACACAUAAACAUCGGAUUUGUUUCAUACAGCCCUAUAAUCAUCUGAGAAGGCACACGACAUACACAUUGAAUAAAAGUUAUUUAUGUAUAAAUUGAUGGUUUGUCCAAGCAAAGUGAACAUUAUAUUUUUGUACAGUACAUCAGUGUAAAGAGAAUGAGUGCAUUUAGUCAAAAAUGUAUGUUAUGGAACAGGUGACUGUAAAAUUUGUAAAGCAUAAUGGAGUGUCCCCUCUGCACAAUUCUUAUGACCAGCCCCAGUCCAUGCCCUGACUGUUUACCACUCAGUGCAGACCAUAGUAUCUGUUAAUGAUACCUGUAGACAUCAGUGUGUGUAGAUGCAUUUAUGCACAUGUAGAUGUCACAACACAAAAUAGUACAUGCUUUAUUGUAUUUUUACUGUCUACAUGUAUAAAGCCAUUUUUAUCAUCAGUCAUUUGAUCACAUAUAUUUAUUUAUUCAGAUAUGAUACACACAGACAAAUUUUUAAAACCAUAUGAAAAUAUUUAAAUCUUAGUAAAUGAUCAUGAAGAAAUCAAGUGUUGUGAAGAGCUUUAUACCUGGUUCAAGUUUAUUGACAGUGGCAGCCAAACAUUUACUAGUUGACAAAAUGAAGCUCGGUCCAUUUAGGAUGAUCUUUUUUACCUGGUUGUGAAAAUGUUGCCUUUGUAACGCAGCCAACAACAAAUGUAGACACAUUCAGCAUCAGUGUCACCAGUAUUAAGUUCCUGUCAUCAGGUAGCCCUGGAGUCUGAUAAUGUUUGUUAUUUUACAGUCCCCUCUCGAAGAUAGCGUAAGUUGAAUUUCUCUCUCCUUGUACAUGUACAUUAUGGUUGUACUGUUCAAAGUUUGUCGCUAUAGUAGUGUUGUGAAUGUAUUUUUUCCUUAGUUUAUGGCCAUCCUGAUAUUUUUGGCGUACAUUUAUGUAAUGCACCAAAGUAGCAAGGGCAUGUAAAAUGAGGCAGUAGGUUGAAGACAGUCAAGAAAAACUGAAAGAUAACUUUUGGGAAAAGGAUUAAGCUGAUAGAAGGGUAAGCAGUGUUAAUAAUACUCGUGUAUCAUAUAACCUCAAAAAAUCCCCUUCCAAUAUCUGCUUUGCACCAAGAUAGUUUCCAAGGUAAGACCAUCAUGCAGGUUUGUAACAAAGGGCGAUGUACUCUGUACUGAGCAUAAUAUUAUGAUAGUUUUAUUGGAGUUAAGAGUGAGAAUCUGUUUGGAAACCCCUUAGUUGGAAUAUAGCAGUAAGUGAAAUAGUAUCACUGUCCACCGUGUAAAAUUACUGUUUGUUUAGUGUGUAAUUUUCGUGACAUCUAACCUUUUAGCUGUAUAUUGUGGUUUGUUUUAGCUAAAAGAAAACUUGGCAUGAGCAUUUCUUCUUGCUGUUUUGAUGUCAUACUUUGCUCAUUUUACCAAUUUUGGUUCAGACAAUAAUUCUGGAAUGCUUCAAAAUUCAGUACUAUGUAUCCAAGUGAAAACGAUAAAAUGUAGGCAAUCAUAAUGUUUUACGAAUGUAAACUUUACUAAUUAUAAUGUCCUAAACUCUCUGAACUGAUUUCUUACUAUUUACUUAUCAGGCAGGUAAAAUCAACAGUUUUGACUGAACUUUGAGAUGGCCUGUUGAUCAUCAUAGCUUUGCACUUCAUUGCUGUUAACUUGUUUCCAUGCAUGCAGCACCUUUGUACACCUUGACUGCGCAUGUACUUAUUUACAGUAAUGAAUAAUUCUGUUAAGUAACUGUUAUGCAAUCUUAUUUUGUCUGAAUGCAGAGAAAAAACAAUUUUUCCAGUUGCUCGUUUUGCAUUUAUCAGGUUUUAAGAAAGUUAUAUUUUAAUAUCAAGCUUAUGGCAAAGCAUGGUUUGAAAAUUGAGACUUGAGUUGCUGAUAAUUUUUCUGUAAAUUUAAUACAUUAAUUUCUCUUUCAAAGUUGCUUGAAACAAAGCUUUGUACAUAGCUUAAUAGCUUUGAGCUUUUUGCAUGACAAGUUACCCAGGCACAACCUUGUUGAUGAAGCACCUUGUCUUCAAUGCAAUGCCCCAGGUAACUUACUUGAAGCCUUAAGUAGGUACCGUUUGAUCUCAGAGCUUAAACUUUCAUUUUCAGUAUCAGUGUUCUUGAAGGUGGGUACAUUAUGUCAGCUGGAAAUGCAGAAGAAAGAAUAGGGAAACAGGAAAGGUCACUGAAUGACUUUUGAAUUAGUCAUACCAGUAAUUCGUUACUAUCUUCAUCCUCAUUAUUUCAUGUAGUGUCUGAACAACAAUUUCUUGACCUGUUUUAAAUUCAUACUGAUGCUGUUAAACUAAAUAAAUAUGCAUGUGAAUUGUGAGAUACAAGUUGAUUUCAAAUAAUAGAUCACCUGUCACAGGUAAAAGUGACACCUUGGUCAUUCUAGUCAUGUUGUAUAAUCUACACUAUAUUUAAACAGCACAUUAUUAAAUGGUACAAGUUAUCCUCACAGUCUCUCAUGGGAAUUAAAAACACCACGGGCCUUGGAUUACCACAUGUGCACAUGUUCAUAUAUUCACAUUGUCAUAUCUAAACCUCAUGGAGGAAUUUUAAGCAAAUAUGUCUUCGUUAAUCUUCAGCCAGUGAUGGUCCACACUAUUCACAUUUCAUUCUCAUUCAUUCCUGAUCACGGUGUGAUAUGUACUCUCCACAUUUCACUCUCAUUCAUUCCUGAUCACGGUGUGAUAUUGUGCAGGUUCAUAUUAAGUUACUUUUAGCAAAAAGGGAUGUGUAAUGAAAUGAAUUUUAACGUGUUUACUUCAAAUUAGUGACUAAAAGAUGGAAUGGUGUUCGUUGAGAUGUCUACGGGCAAACAGUAGGGAUUUACUUUUGAACAUAUACCAGUAGCCUUUCUGGACAAAUAGUAUUUUGUUAUGCCUGAAAAAAAAGCUGGUUUAAGUGUGGAAAUGCUAGAAAUGCUGUUUGUGGAGCAGAAUGAUUGGUGUCUGUGGAGCAGAAUGAUUACCGUUUGAGGAGCAGAAUGAUUACUGUUUGAGGAGCAGAAUGAUUACUGCUUGUGGCACAGAAUGAUUGCUGCUUGUACAGCUGAAGGAUUACUGAUUGUGCAGCAGCAGGAUUGCUGUUCAGAAAUGUCUAGCUUUGCAAGUAUUUGGAUGAAUCAGUCCAUUAUAGUGAAGGGAUUAUGUUUUUAGUAGCACACAUGUGCUUGUGCAGGUAUGAAGUUGGUUGUUUGCAGGUGUUUUAGUGGUAACAGGGCAAGACUUAAAGUAUAAAGCUCAUGAAAACCAUCUGUCCUCACAGGUAAUGUAGGGGGGACAAUCUAUUCCGUUUUUCCUUUGUGUGCCAUCCAAACACCAGUACAAUGUUGUGACCCGCAGUUGGAACAUAAACAUUGUUACUGUGAUUGUGAUUCUACCCUGCCCUGCAACCAGUGGAUGUCAUUGUGUUGGACAAAGUAAUAUCCUUCUUCAUUUAUUGGAAAGAGUGCAAAAGAAGCUCGCGUCCUGGAACACCUCAGUUACACUUCUCAGCGUGCGCAUUUGCCUGCAGCGCAGAUGUUAAGAACCAAGAUUGCGAAAGUUGCAUAAUGCAUUGUGCUGCGAUUUGAGCAUUGUAGUAUUAGCAGCAUGUAGAUUGUAUGAAAUGCUUCGUGAAAUGUAGUGCAAAGAUAUUAACCCAUUUUUUCAUCUGCAUGUAGUUGAUCACUAAAUCACAGGGAGAAUGUUGAACCAUAACAUACUAGCAUGGAUAGAACACAUGCAUGUGGAAGUGAAGAUCACUCCAUUAUUACCACUGGUUGAAGGUUACAUUUGGGACUGUGGCUGUAAAAUUACCAUCUGUCUAUCAUAGUUAUACGUUUCUCAUUCUGCGUGUAAUUAUUGGUGGCGGCAACAUAAUUUACCUGUCUACCUAUCUAUUCAGCAUGUAUACUACACCAGAACAUAAAUAUACUAAACCGUUUUCAUUUAUGCAU